AUGCUCUCAUCAACACAUUCAGCGGCGCGCAUGAACAUCACUAGAUCACGCACGGGUUGCGCUGUGUGUAAGUCCAAAAGACUCAAAUGUGAUGAAUCCAAGCCCGCUUGUUCCCGGUGUGUAAGACUAGGCAUUCCAUGUCCAGGAUAUCAGAAACCUUUACGCUGGAAAGGCGGAUCAAAGUCUCCGCCCAAGGAUCCCCCUGAGACGCCUGCAGAUGCUACUGUUGAUGAUGUCGCCUUGCCCCCUCCUCAGCAAACCCAGCCAAGUCCAAUAUAUGCGUCUUAUCAACCUCCGCCACUGCAAAGACAACAACAACAACAACAACAACCCCCGCAUCCGCAUCCGCAUCCACCUCCGCCUCCACCACCGCCUCAAACUCAAACUCAACAACAACCUCAGCACCCGGGGCAGUUUGUCAACAGUUAUUAUGAUCAAGGACUUUUAGAUCAUCUCUCCAAUGUUAUCGACGCGGGAUGUAUCGAGCCCCAAGGGCAGGAAACCUUGGAUGGUUCCAUGCCUCUGAUGCAAUUCACCGAUGACAUGCUUCACCUAUACCCAGACCAAUCACUCGGACAAACACCAGAUCAGGUUUCCCCAGAGCAAACUGACGACAGGCUCUGGUCAACUACCACAAUGGAACCGCAACAAGUAUAUUCCCAGGCCCUGACAAGAGUAGAACCCGCAAACCAGGCUUCUGAGCAAGUUAUCGAAAUGCCAUUAGCUCAAGCUCUCCAGGACCAUUCCUCUGUUCUUGUCGAAUACUACUUCAAGGAAGUAUGCGGAAUGAUGUCUUGUUACGACAGCCCGAUGAACCCAUAUCGAACUACUAUUUCAAACAUGUGGUCCGGCUCACAGUCCCUCUACUACAUCACACAGAGUAUGGCUGCCGCAUGCCUCUCAGAGGUUUCACCCACCUUUGCAUCAGUUGGCCAUCGACUACGAGACCAAGCCAUGAUAUGCUUGUCUAGGGAAGCCAAGAUUGCCGAAUUAGAAACAUCGUCUCUGUUGGCUUUAGUCAUGUUAGGAAUGAGUCUUUCAUGGCACGAUCCGGAUAGUCUCGGACAGCCACAAUUCGACGUCCUCGCACGCAAGGUUAUAACUGCCGAGGCGCGUGGAGACCCCCUUGCGUUAGCCGACAAGAAGAAAGAGUUUUUCUUUUACAACUCGCUUGUGUAUUGGAAAAUGCUGCUCUCUUUUGUGACGGAUUUGGACCCCAAUACGAGAAGUGCUGCGCCGCAACCAGUCCCGCCGGAUUCACUUGAUAUGCACGAACCUCGCAUGCCUCAUCCCCAGACAGGUAUCGGUAUCGAGGUACAGGAAUUAGUUGCCAGUGUGGGUUCUCUUGUACGAAAGGAACGAAAGCGGCUACGGACCCGGCGUUUUGUUUCCAAGGACGAUAUUCAACAGGCCCAGGAUGCAAUUCUAGCUUCGGAACAACUGCACGCGGAGCUUUGUGCGAUUGAGCUACCACAAGAAGGCGAUAUUGUCGAUGCUGGCGAUGACCUAACCCCAGCGAUUCAUCUAGUCAACAUUGCCGAGGCUUAUCGAUGCACAGGGCUACUUCAGUUAUAUCGGAAUUUCCCGGAUCUUUUGGUACCAUAUGCACAAUCAGCGCACUUCAUGACGGGCUCGCCUGAUUCUUCAGGUUCCUAUCCGGAUGAGAGAGCUUUUGCAGAUACAUGGUUGACCUGCCUAGCUCUUCACGUGCUAGAUUUGGUCAAAGAUAUUCCUACAACGUCUCGAAGCCGGUCUAUCCAGCCGUUACUGUUUGUGAGUAUCUGUAGUGAACUCUCAAUGUGUCGCUCGUACUGCUCGAUUUCAAAUCUGCAGCGAUCUCCCGUGGCGAGUGUAGCAGCCAGUCCACGAUUCAGGUUACCGUUGAACGGGUUGGAGGUUCUCCAAGCGAGAAAGAUAGUUCUUGCUCGUCUUUCCGCGUUUGAAAAUAUCUUGGCGGCCAAGCCGAUUCGGCGAAUGCUGAUGCUGGUCAAGAAGACGUGGGCCUGCAUGGAUGAGGAUAAGAAGGAUACGUAUUGGAUGGAUGUGAUGAUGGAUAACGGAUAUGAGACGUUGAUGGGAUAA